CACUUUUCAGUCUGACGCUGCUCUGUCUGUCAAGAAAACAGACUCCCAUCUCUUCUGCUGGAUGAAAUGUCUCGUACCCGACAGAUGAGUCAUUAAGCCAACAUGGAUGCUGCACCUGAGCCCGUCUAAACCACUUGUAUUUCUGCACUGCUCUCAGACUGGAGGACAGGAGAUGAGAGUCUGCGGAGCUCCACCACACCAUGAGUAUCCAGAGUCUGGGAGGAGCUAUAGGGGAUUCCCUGGGCUCUAGCCUGGUGGUGCGUAUGAGCGGCUGGAGUUCUCUCUCUCUGAAGCCUGUUUCCUCUGGGCGGAUCGCCUCCAUAUUCCAGACAAUGGUUCCCACGGGUUACACCAAGCUACAGGAUGAGCGGCUCUCCAUGGUGGACCUCAGCGCUAAACCAGAGGUCGCCUCGCUCCAGAACGGCUACAGACAAGAGACGUCACACAUAGAAGGCCGACGGAUUCUGGACCGGGCCUCUCGGUCCUCUGUGACUUUAUCUGACUGUGGAGAUGGAGGCUACUCUGAAUCAGAGCCCAUGCUGGCUGAGAGGAGGCUCUCCGGAGAGGAGGUAGAUGAGGAGGAGGAAGAGGACGAGGAGGCAGGCCAUCAUCCUGCCACACACAACAUGCCCAAGGAGUCUCCGCUGGCCAUGGCGCUGCAGAUCCUGCUGCCUUUCCUGCUCGCUGGGUUUGGAACAGUGUCAGCUGGCAUGGUGUUGGAUAUUGUGCAGCACUGGGAGGCGUUCCAGUACAUCACGGAGAUCUUCAUCCUGGUGCCUGCUCUCCUCGGCCUCAAGGGGAACCUGGAGAUGACUCUGGCCUCGAGGCUGUCCACAGCGGUGAAUGUGGGCAAGAUGGAUUCUCCCAUAGAGAAGUGGAAUCUAAUCAUAGGCAACCUGGCACUGAAGCAGGUCCAAGCCACUGUGGUGGGCUUCCUGGCUGCCGUCGCUGCCGUGGUUCUCGGCUGGAUCCCAGAGGGGAAGUUCCAGAUGAGCCACGCGGUGCUGCUGUGCUCCAGCAGCGUGGCCACUGCCUUUAUAGCCUCCCUGCUGCAGGGUAUCAUCAUGGUGGGGGUCAUUGUGGGGUCCAAGAAGACGGGCAUCAACCCGGACAACGUAGCCACCCCCAUCGCCGCCAGUUUCGGUGACCUCAUAACCCUGGCGAUCCUGGCCUGGAUAAGCCAGGGCCUCUACAAGUGCCUGGAUACCUACCCGUAUGUGUCCUCACUGGUCUGCGCCUUCUUCAUGUCUCUGACUCCUCUGUGGAUGGUCAUCUCCUCCAAACACCCGGCCAGCCGCACCCUGCUGUACUCCGGAUGGGAGCCAGUCAUCACUGCCAUGGUCAUCAGCAGCAUUGGGGGGCUCAUCCUGGACAAGACGGUGUCCGACCCAAACCUGGCAGGCAUCGUGGUGUACACCCCGGUCAUCAACGGAAUCGGGGGGAACCUGGUAGCGAUUCAGGCCAGCAGGUUCUCCACUCACCUGCACUUCCACUGCGCUCCUGGGGAGGUUCCUGAGGAGGCCAAGGGCUGCUACUACCCCUGCCGCACCUUCUGGGGAACAGGAGCCAAUCACCGCUCUGCUCAGGUGCUCCUCCUCUUGGUGAUCCCCGGGCACCUGAUCUUCCUCUACACCAUCCACCUGAUGAAGAGCGGACACACCACCCUGACGCCCAUCUUCAUGUCCGUCUACCUGGCUGCUGCCAUGCUGCAGGUGCUGCUGUUGUUGUGUAUCGCAGACUGGAUGGUGCACUCCAUGUGGCGGAGCGGCAAAGACCCGGACAGUUUUUCCAUCCCUUACCUGACAGCCCUGGGGGAUCUGCUGGGCACCGCCCUGCUGGCCCUCAGCUUCCACUUCCUGUGGGUCAUAGGAGACCAGGACAGCGACGUGGGGGACUGAGGCCACGAUAAGGCAUCGGUGGUGACGGGGGAAACCAUUCCUGACGCCCUCACGUGUAAGGGGGGGGCUUUCUGCUUCCCUUCGACCACACGAUGGUUUUGAAACUUUUUUCUGCUCCUUUUUGUUUGUUUUUUCUAAAUGCGUUAAAGACGUUUUAUUCCCUAAAUUUAGACAGCUCUCAGUACGGAUUUCGAUCUGCAUAGUUUGCACAAAGGCACUUGCAUAUUAUACUGCUGCUGUUGUUCAGAGGAGCAGGAAACCACAGCAGGGGGGAGAACCUGGCUGGUGGUCUCCUCUGCCAGCGAAGCAUCAGUCGGAGGUCUUCUACUUAAAAACAAAAAACUCUUUUCUUGGUGAUUAUUUUGGGAAUAAACCUCCCACUGUGUCACAGACUUUGUUUCUGCUUUGUGUUUUACCGCUUUGCAACAUCAAGUCAGCGGAGCGACACGGAGAGGAGGAGAAGAUUAUCAGCGCGCUUUGAGCUGCCGUGUCAGCAGGUCCACAGGUGGAUAAAAGAAUGAGAUUUAUUUGUAAUGAUGGUCGGAGAAGUCGACAUUUCCUUCAGUGUCUGUGUUUGUUUUUCUGUUUUCUCAAACCUCUGCAUGUUCUCUAUCCAUAGACUAACAACCUGUCUACCACAUUUCUCCCACUUAGUCGGUAUAUUAUUAGCUUGGGACAUUACGUUGUGGGGUUACAGGAUGCUAUCAGAGUUUCCUGAGCAGCCUCACUCUUGCUUUCUACUGGAUCCCUCCCUGGAAGCCUUUUUCUCAUGGCAACACAAAGGUACUACAAAGUAAAGCAGACAAAUGGGGAGAGUAAAUAACUUUAAAUUACUAGCUGUACAAAUUCAUUUUAGCACUUGAGUCUGAGUCUUUGAGCGUUUAGCCACAAACUACAUAUCCGAGAAGAAAAGUCAGCUAGAAAAAAUCUACUUUUAUUUUACUACGUUUUUAAACCAAAUUCUGAAUUAAACCCGAGCUAAUUUAGCUAGCAUUGUUUUCAAAUACAAUGCUAAAUAGCUGUGACAUUACCUAAUGCUAAUGGGGUAGCAAUCAACCGACCCAACAUGUUUUCUUUGUGUGUUUCUGCCGCCUUUCAUCUUUUCCUCCCAAUCCUCUUGAUAUUUUGUUAGCAGCACCUCUCUGACGCUCACAUAGAAAACCAUGAAACCUUCUGUAGUCUAUGAUCAACCUCCUGCCUCUGUUUGUUUGUUCUUGUCCUCAGCGGGGGUCCGGUCGUGCACACAGAGCGGGAACACUGUGCCAGUCCAGCAGGGACACAAUCAAACACUUUUCACGCUGCAUGUUUGUCUGCUAAUCACCUGCUGUGUGCAGAGCGUUUACAUGCUGUAGACAAUGAUCAGCUGUUUCCAUGUUAGCAUCGUCUUCAUUUCUAUCAUAAUCAGUGUAACCAUAAAGAAUUCAUUCACAUAUUCAGAACAUGCUGUGUAUUUAUAGGUCCGAUAAUAUUAAUAUGGUUAUUAAGUGAGUCCUUUUGGCUUUAGGAGACACGACACGGGGGAAAACCUUACGUAAAAACAAGCCUUUAAUGCUUUAAUUUAUCAUAUAAAGUCAGUGUUUACUGCACAACGUAUAGCAUAGUGACACCAUCAACGAUAAACUGGAGAGUCUCGCUCUCACUAUGCAAUCCCUUCUGGCAAACUUUGCAAACCAGUGAAUGUGUUUUCUCAAUUUGUGCAACUCUUUUCCAGUGAACGUAGCUAGCAUUAGCUCCAAUAGUUGCUCCAGUUAAUGAGAUGCAAUAUGCAUUCAUUUGCAUGAAGCUUAGUGGUUGUGUCGGGAGCAACGAUAGAGAGACUCGAUUGAAUACAGCUCUUGCUUUUUCCUUGAUGGUCUGAAUAAAUCGCACAUUUUUGUGGCAAGUAGAGGUCUCUGAAACCAGUUUUUUCCGUUGCUAAUUGGAACAGCUAGUGGGUAGGAUUUGACACUUAACACCUAACUCAGCAGUAUAGUUUGUGUGCAUGUGAAACAAACGGCAACAGCCCGUGUUGAAGUGCCAAAAGCUGCAGUUAAUACGCUGGUUUCAGCUUGAAAUGCCCAAUUUAUACCCAAUAUAAACAUUUACAACAUGUUACAAAAGCUAAUUCCCUUAUUCAUGACAGUACGGGUGCACAUUUCUGCACCACUUUUAAAGAUAAUUUGAUUGUUUUAAAGGUUAAAUGUACACAUUGUUAGGGGCGUGGUUGGAUUAGCAGGUCUCUGGGUGAAGUCACGGAGACUACGUCCAUGUUUCCUACGGUCCAUGAUGUGAUGGUAGCCAGUGGCUCUUAUCCUCUCCCAAUACGUGCCUCUUUAAACUCACUGGUUAACAAGGUACUUCUCUGUCAUGCUAUCAAUGCAAUUUUCUUUCUUUCUGUGCAAUUAUUUUUGUACCUAAUUUCAGAGUUUCACACCCAAAUGAUAUCUGAAUCCCUGAAGCCAGGCGAUGAAUCGAGGCUUAAAGUGGUUAUAUCCUUUUGGUGUGAAACGUAAACUUGCUUUCGUGGCUCAAAUGGGCCGAAAAAUGUCUAAAUAAAUGUCUUUCAAUUAAAAAAUAAAUCCUCUUA